CCUUAAACUUCCAUUACAAAAACAAUAAUAUUAACUUCUUCAAUCUCAAUCAAGUUUCUUAAUAUCUUUUACAGCUUUGCAAAACAAAAAAAAAAUUCUAAUCAAAUUCAUCUCUUCAUUAUAAUCAAUGGCAUCAGAAACCGGGAAGAAAAGGGUUGUUGUUGUCGGUGGUGGACUUGCUGGUGCUCUAGCUGCUAAAUCUCUCCAAUCUCAUGCUGAUGUUGUUCUUAUCGAUCCUAAGGAGUAUUUUGAAAUUACAUGGGCGGGCAUGAGAGCAAAAGUUGAGCCUUCAGUUGCGAACAGAAUGGUAGUGAAGCACAGUGAUUACUUCACAAAUGGGCGUCUUGCAAUGUCUUCGGCUGUUGGUGUCACCGACACAGAAGUAUUAACUGCUGAUGGAGAGUCGAUACCAUAUGACUACCUUGUCAUCGCUACUGGUCAUAAUGAUUCGUUCCCCAAGACCAAAAGCGAGAGGGUUGAACAAUAUCAAGCAGAGUACAACAAGAUAGAGUCAGCAGAUUCAAUUUUAAUCAUUGGGGGAGGGCCAAGUGGAGUUGAACUUGCCGGGGAGCUUGCUGUUGAUUUUCCCGGCAAGAAAGUGACUUUGGUUCAUAGUAGGGAGAGGUUGUUAGAUUUCGUCGGACCAAAGGCUUCUAAGAAGGCGUUGGAUUGGCUAACCAAGAGAAAGGUUGAAGUGGUUUUAGGCCAAUCAGUUGAUUUGAAGUCUCAUACAGAUGGAGAUAAAAUGUUCAAAACAUCAACUGGAGAAACAAUCGUAGCAGAUAUUCACUUCUUUUGUGUAGGAAGGCCGCUAGGUUCAUCGUGGAUAAGAAACUCCGUAUUUGAAGAGGCUCUAGAUGCUCAAGGAAGGGUGAUGGUUGAUGAACACCUAAGGGUGAAGGGUCGCAAAAAUGUCUUUGCUAUUGGAGAUAUUACCGACAUUCCGGAAAUGAAACAAGGGUACCUGGCACAGACUCAUGCUGUAUUGGUAGCUAAGAACGUGAAGUUGUUGAUGGAGGGAGGAAAUGAAAGUAAAUUGAGGAAGUACAAAGCUGGUUCAGAUAUGGCAAUCAUUUCCUUAGGUAGAAAAGAGGCUUUGGCUCAGUUCCCUUUUGCCACUCUUAUUGGAUGCUUUCCUGGAUUAAUCAAAUCCAAGGAUCUGUUCAUUGGGAAGACAAGGAAGACUAUGGGGGUUUGACCUUUUCUUUAAAUUAUGAAGGUAUUCAUUUACGUUUAUUGCUUCUGCAUUUUAUUGGGUAUCUUGAGAAUCGUGUGAUCAUAUUUAUAUUUUAAAUUUUCUGCCAGCAUGAUAUGAGGGUUGUUUGCUGUAUUGUGGUUGUAAAGAGCGAGGUUCAUAUUAUAUUAUAUCAUUAUUAAUGAAAACAUAAUCAUUUCAUU